AUGGCAACCAGUAGCUCGUUGGCGUCGACCGGCACUCCGGUGUGCCUCUCUCAACCGUCGGUUCCCGUGUUCAAUGGCCAGGAGUACGGCCGGUGGAACUUGCGGAUGAAUACCGUUUUCAGGUCCCAGGAGCUGUGGGACUUGGUGGAGAACGGCUGGACGGAGACGAAGGAUGAAGCUAUGGAGAGGGAGAAUAGGAACCGAGAUGCGAAGGCUCUCUCCCUGAUCCAGCAAGCUGUGGACGGUCCGAACCUUGAUCGGAUCGCUGAGGCCAAAACAGCACAUGAAGCUUGGGAGGUCUUGAGGAAGCACAGCCUUGGAACGUCCAAGGUGCUGUCGGUGAGGAUUCAGGCGCUUCGGCAAGACUUUGAGACGCUACAGAUGGGAGACGAUGAAGGUGUACAGGGGUACAUUUCUCGAGUGAUAACUAUCACCAACCAGAUCAAGGCGCUAGGACAUAAGCUCAAGGAACCUGAAGUAGUGUCCAAGGUGCUUCGGAGUUUAGCACCGAAGUUCGACUGGGUUACAGUCGCGAUCGAGGAGUCAAAGGAGAUUGCAAAGCUCACACUCGACGACCUCUGCGGCACACUACAAGCCUAUGAGGUGAGAGUGAACCACGCGGCAGGAAAGGUAGGCGAAAGGGCUCUUCAUACCAAGAUCGAGCAACCAGGUGCUAAUGUCAACAAGAAUGGUGGUUUUGGGAGCUCGUGGGGUGAAGGUAGAGGUCGCGGGAGGUGCUUUGCUCGUGGGAGAGGUAGAGGUCACAGUGGCCGAGGAAGAGGCAUGGACAAUAAGAGUCACAUUCAGUGCUUCCAGUGCAAGAAAUUCGGGCACAUGAAAGCCGAAUGCCGAGCACGAGAUAAGCAGCCAGAGAAGGGAGCUGGACUAGUAGCUGAAGAAGGGAGCACAGAGAAUCUCUUCAUGAAGAGGUUGCAAGGUGUUCAGUAUGUGCCGGGACUCGCGCACAAUCUAUUGAGUGUGGGACAGCUGCUCUCCAGGGGCUACUCAGUGAUGUUCGAGAAGAACCAAUGCAUUAUCAGGGAUAAUCAUGAGAAGGAGCGUGUGAUCUCUGUCCCAAGAACAAGCAACAAUAUGUUCCCAUUAGAUGUUGCAAAGAUGGAGAACUUUGUAAUGACGGUGAGGAGUCAAGCAGAUGAAGAACUGUAG